AUGUCCUACGACCGAUAUCUGGCCAUCUGUAACCCACUUCACUAUACUUCCAUCAUUAACCUUGAUGUUUGCCUUAGGCUUGUAGGUGGCUCUUGGUUGUCAGGAUUGUUAAUUACACUUUGUACUUCUAUUAUGCUGUUUCACAGAGAUUUCUGUGGACCUAAAGUUAUUGACCACUUCAUAUGUGAGCUUACACCUCUUCUAAAACUGUCGUGUUCAGAUACAUUUUCUCUUGAAGUUAUUGUCUUUGUAUUGUCUAUCCCUAUAAUUGUAAUUCCAUUUAUGUUCAUUGUCCUCAAAAUUUCCUCCACCUUAGGGAAGCAGAAGACAUUUUCCACCUGUAGUUCACACCUGACAUCGGUAGGUACAUACUAUGGAACAUUAACCAUAAUUUAUGUUGUUCCUAGAAGAGGACACUUACUCAGAGUAAACAAAGCACUAUAUCUUUUGUAUACAGUCAUAACUCCAUUGUUCAAUCCACUCAUCUACAGUCUGAGAAACCAGGAUAUAAGGAAAGCCAUUGAGAAGGUAUUCUAUAAGAGAUGA